UAGAAAGAAAAUCCUAUAUAAAGAAAAGAGAAAUCAAAGAUAAAAUGAACACCCAAAUCAAAGGCAUUGAGCUUUCCAAAAUAGCUAUAAAGUGAAGUUCUAGAGAAAAAGAGUCAAAGAGAAUGAUUGAAACGACGACAGGGAGGACAACCACAGAAGAGCCUACAACAGGCGAUGAGCAAGUCCACUUUGAAACGCAUUCUAAAUGGACUACUGGCUUAUGUGGAUGCUGCGAAGAUCCCUCUAAUUGUCUAGUUACCACUUUCUGUCCCUGUAUUACCUUCGGCCGGAAUGCAGAGAUCAUUGAUAAGAAUGCUGUAUCAUGUGCUUGUUCUGGCUUGGUUUUCAUGGUGCUUUCGUACGUGGGGGUUCCAUGUUUGUACUCCUUCACAUAUCGAAGCAAACUAAGAGGGCAACAUUCAUUGCCAGAACACCCUUGUGCUGAUUGCUGUGUUCAUUGCUGGUGUCUCCACUGUGCUCUUUGUCAAGAGUACCGAGAGCUUAAGAAUCGCGGACUCGACCCUUCCAUAGGUUGGGCAGCCAAUGCAGAGAGAAUGAACAAAGUUGGAGCCAUGGCACCUCCAGUUGUUGAACAAGGUAUGCCUCGUUAGGAUUUAUGAGGCUGAGGACAUUCUUAAUUUUUACUCUAGAGUCGAUCGAUGAAGUGUAAUAGUGUGUUGAACUGUUGAUCUUUCUUGUAAUUCAUUACCAUAUUCCAACUUCUUGUGUUGUAAUCAAUAAGGUUAUGGAGUUGGAUUGCUCUACAUAUAUAGGUAUUCUACUUACAAUCA